AUGUCGUUGCUCGACAAGUCUCUCUUCAAGAAGACACUAAAGGUUAUAGGUGUGCGGGUCGAAGCCAAGAAGAUUGGCCCCGUAGUCAAGAGGUUACAUGGUCACCUACUUAAUCUUCCACGUUUACGUAACGUGGUACCUGAUCCAAUGAACCCAGAACCGUACAAGAAUUCAAGCAGCAAACUGAUUUUACUGAAUACCAAAGUGAAAGAUGCCGAGACACUCCAGCCACUCAGUGAAGAUCUUAUUAGCUUUCUACGAACAGAAAGUCUAUCAUUUGUAACUCAUGCAAUUGAGUUGGAUUAUAGCUACUUUGCAGUGGACCAAGUCCUUAGUGAAUUGCUACCUGAAGGUAUAGACAUCCCCAGCUCAUUCGAGACGGUCGGGCAUAUUGCGCAUCUUAAUCUUAGAGAGAACCUGCUACCGCAUAAGCACAUUAUCGGACAAGUGAUUCUGGACAAGAAUGCUUCUAUUCGAACGGUAGUCAACAAAACUGACAACAUUGAGACUAAAUUUCGUACUUUUCCAAUGGAAGUACUGGCUGGCGAUAACGAUAUGGAUGUCGAAGUGCACGAAAGCAAAGCUAUAUUUCGGUUUAAUUAUGCACAAGUUUACUGGAAUUCACGCUUGCAGCAGGAACAUUUGCGAGUGAUUCGCAUGAUUAAGUCACAUGAUGUUGUGUGUGACAUGAUGUGUGGUAUCGGUCCAUUUGCCAUACCAAUCGCUUUGAAGGGGACCAAAGUCCUUGCAAAUGACCUCAAUCCACGCAGCUAUCACUAUCUAAAAGAAAAUAUUGCAUUAAACAAAGUGAAGCAUUUGGUGACGCCUUAUAAUCUCGAUGGCCGAGAAUUUGUAACUAAAUUAUUAAGUGAGAAGAAGCAGUUCACUCAUGUGCUCAUGAAUUUGCCGGCCAUCGCGCUGGAUUUUCUUGAUGUCUUUCCCGGAAAGUUUGAUCAUUGGGAAGGUGAGCUACCAUACAUUCAUUGUUAUUGCUUUUCCAAUGCAGACGAUGUAAAAAUGGACGUACAAAAGCGAGCAGAAAAGAUCUUGGGCGGUAAACUAGAUUUUGAGCGAACAUCGUGUCAUCUGGUGCGGGAUGUGGCGCCUAAGAAAGUUAUGGUCUGCAUUUCGUUCCAGUUACCCAAGUCAAUUGCGUUUAGCUCAGAGUAUCACGCAAUGAAGCAGGACGACUUUAAGCGACAAAAGGUCGAGAUGACAGCAUAA